AUGGAUUACUGGCAAGAAUACCUCCAAGGAAUGAAACAAUGUCGAUUCCCGACACUAUCGAAUCACCCACCCACUGAAGUCGACUUCGAGACGAUCGAUUUGCGAUUCAACGACGGUUCGGAAUUGCUGGAAUUCUGCGAGCGAGAGAACAUCUCCCUCAUCAAUGUGAUUCAGUUGGCCUGGGCCAUUAUUCUCAAAUGCUACACCGGAGACGAGGAGGUCUGUUUUGGCUAUACGACCGAGGAGAGGAAUCUUUUGAUCGCUCGGCUCGACCUCGCGGAGCAGCCCGUGGCCCGAGAUCUUCUACAGGAGAAUGAACGGACGCUGGCCCAGAGUGUAAUCAACCAGCGCUGUCCGCUGGGGAAAGUGUAUCAAUCCCUGGGAUUCCCUGGCACUGUCCCCUUCAACUCCUUAGUUACAUCCUGCAAAGCUCCUGAAAAGGAAAUAUUGCUUCAACUCGAGGAGCAUCAACAAACCCAGUUCGACCUGAUCUUGAAUGUCAUCGCGGGCAACCGCGAGGUGGAUGUGUCGCUCAUCUACCGAACCCCCAUGCUACCUGGCAGCAUGGGAAACAGUCUCGCCGGUAGUCUCACCACUGUCCUUCUGGAUAUCGCCAAGCACACGGACAAGCCAGUUUCCGCCCUCACCGUUGCGAGUCCCUCCGACUACCAUCAGAUGGUGCGAUGGAAUAGCCCACUCGCAGGGCCAUCCGAUACUUGCAUUCAUGAUCUGAUCCACAAGGUGUUCCGCCGACAGCCAGAGCGGCCAGCGGUUUAUAGCUGGGAUGGUCAGUUGACCUACCAAGAGCUCUGGGAUUGCUCCUCCCAACUGUGCCAAUACCUGCAGAGUCGGGGCAUUGGAUCUGAAAUGCCGGUUCCCAUCUGCAUGGACAAGUCUCCUCUGACGAUCGCGUCGAUCUUGGCUGUGCUCCGGGCAGGGGGUACCUGCGUCCUGAUCGACCCGAAUACGGCGAUUGAACGCCUUCGAGGUAUCCUGGAAGAGAACCCACCGUUGCUGAUCCUCCUCUCCCCAUCCACGGCACACCUUGACUUCAAGGUCGGGGCCGAGAAGAUUAUAGUAUCACCUGCAACGUUGCCGCAGCUGUCAGCCACUCAAUAUUUUCCUCCUUUUGUGAAACCGUCGGAUGCUGCGUUCAUCUACUACACCUCUGGUUCAACUGGUCGUCCCAAAGGUAUCAUUGCCCAACAUAAUGGCAUCGGCACAGGUGUCCUGGAAUACAGCCGGGUCACAAAUAUCACCCCGGACAGCAGAGUGUUGCAAUUCGCAUCGUAUUCAUGGUCAAUGAGUAUGGUGGAAACAUUGAUGACCCUGGUGCGCGGUGGUUGUGUUUGCCUUCCUUCUGAGCAUACCAAAAUAAAUGACCUCAAGAAAUUUAUCCUGGAUGCUCAGGUCACCAUGUGUUCUUUUACCCCGUCUGUCCUUCGCCUAUUCAAACCUACGGAUUUUCCUGGCGUGCAAACUAUCUCAUUGAUAGGUGAGCCCCUGACGCAGGACAUUGUGGAUGUCUGGGCCUCUCAAGUACACCUGAUAAAUGCCUACGGGCCAACGGAAGGUGGCCCCAUUGCCUCAGGCCUGCUGGUGAAGCCCGAGAAAUGGAAGACCGGUGAUGUUGGAAAGGCCACCCCAGGCGCUGUAUGGAUUGUGAAUCCUUCCAGUUCCAACCAACCCCUGCCCAUUGGAGCUGUGGGAGAAGUGCUGAUCCAGGGACCGACUGUGGCUCGCGGGUAUCUGAAGAGACCCGAAGCGACUGAAGUGGUGUUCAUCCCACGACCAUCCUGGCUGCCAGCUGCGGAGCUCGAGGAGCAGCAGCAUCGAUUCUACCUCAGUGGCGAUCUAGCCCGACAUAAUCUGGAUGGGUCCCUCCGGUUUAUUGGUCGUAAGGAUCGCCAGGUCAAGAUUAAUGGACAAAGAAUCGAACUUGAGGAAGUCGAGGUCCAUGUAAGACGUACCUUAUCAGCCACCCAAGACGUCGUUGUGGAGGCUAUACAGCCCGCCGAAGAACCGACGAGCAAGAUGCUGGUUGCUUUCGUAGCGCCCAAAGAGCCUGAAAUGGAAGGUGCAGCCUUGGUCUCGUCGGAUGAUGACUUCGUUUCGAACGUAGUGACCCUUCGUUCUCGGCUCCAGGACACGAUUCCCCGGUAUAUGAUACCUCAAUUCUUUCUACAGAUUUCUCACAUUUGCAAGAAUAAAUCUGGAAAGGUUGACCGAGGACGCAUCACGCAGUUGGUGCACGGUCUCUCCCGACAGGGUCUGGAAGCGCUGGUCGGAUCUAGUCGAGACAAGGCUCAGCCCACCACGGAGAAUGAAAACCUGGUACAAGCCGUUUGGGCUGAGUGUCUGAAAGUCUCACCCAAAGAGAUCGGACGACAUCAGAACUUCUUUUCCUUGGGAGGUGAAUCUCUUGUGGCGAUGAAGGUGGUGUCCCGGAUGCGUUCACUUGGCUUCAAGAUCGCUUUUGCAGACUUGUUCAAUCGCCCAACGCUGGUGGCCCUGGCCCAAGCCUUGCAGAAGGACAACAAAGCUGUUGAUGAGUAUCAAUCAUUUUCUCUUAUCUCAGGUGAGGAGAAAGUUGAGACAGUGCAUCAAGUCGUGCAGAAUUGUGGUGUUUCGCACGGCGAUAUCGAGGACAUCUACCCCUGCACCGCACUUCAGACCGGUCUGAUCAGCUUGACUGCGAGGCAAAGUGGACUAUAUGUCGCACAGUAUGCAUACCGACUGUCUGAAGGAUGUGAACUCAAACGCCUGGUCGAGGCAUGGCGGGUAGUCGUGGACAAAAACCCUAUCCUCCGUACGAGAAUCAUCCAAUCAAGGUCAGGUCGAAUGCUCCAAGUCGUAUUAAAGCGUGAAUCAGACUGUGUGACCGUCACCUCUGGUCGUGAUGAAGAUAUUCCAGAGGUAAACCACCGUUCCUAUGGGUUGGGGACACCACUGAUGGACUGCACCAUCCGUACUCGGGACGAUGGUCGGUUCUUAAUCCUCACUGGCCACCACAGUGUGUAUGAUGGGUGGUCCCUGAGUCAGUUGGUCGAACAGUUGGAAUCUGCCUACGCAGGGCAGGUUCUUGAAUCGCCAGCCUUUUCCGGCUUUUUGCAGUAUUUACAUGAGCUUGAAUCCUCCGCCUCAGACAACUUCUGGCGCUCGGAGUUUGCCAACCUCAGCUGCAGCACGUUCCCCCCCAAGAACCUCAGCAAACAGACCGGUGUCCCGAGCUUCCAGAUGGUGAAACACUCGACUGCGUUGCCCUCGGUAAGAUCCGAAUUCACCAUGUCAACUGUCAUCCGACUGGCGUGGGCCUUGGUGUUGGCAGACUAUACCAGCUCCCCCGAUGUUGUGUUUGGAUCGACGGUGGCUGGUCGUAGUGCCCCAGUUGAAGGCAUCGAACGGAUGACUGGACCUACCAUUGCCACCGUUCCAUUGCGAGUGACCAUUGACCCCGAGGCCUCGGUUCAUCAGUCCCUCUCGCACUUGCAAGCUCGGUCCAUUGCGAUGAUCCCACAUGAGCAGACGGGACUGCAGGGCAUCCGGGCGAUUAGCCCUGAGGCCCAUGUGGCCUGCCAAUUCCGGAACACCCUGGUUGUUGAGCAAGAGCAGCAUGAUGCCUACCGGCCCAGUUUGCUCCAUAGAGCGGCCGAGAAAACCAACACCAUGUCGGAAGUCUUUGAAUAUCCUCUUUCCGUGGCAUGCUACGCCCGGGAUGGUGAAAUCCUCGUCCAGGGUGUAUUUAAUACCCAGAUGCUGGACCAUGAGAGGGUCAGCACCUUACUUCAACAUCUCGGCCAUUUGGUUCAAGAGAUCCUGCAGAACAGUACCAAAAAGCUAGGGGUGAAGCCAGAAAUGGUCAUCCCCAUCUACCUUCCCAAAAGUAAAUGGACCCCGGUAGCUAUGCUCGCAGUGAUGCGAUCUGGGGGCGCCUUUGUCCUGAUGGAUAUCAUGACGCCAGUAGAGCGCCUCAAGGUCAUCAGCUCCCAGAUUGACCCCCCUGUGGUUCUCACCCAGACCUCGCUGGGCUUGGUGGCGUCCACCAUUGCUCCCUCUACCAUCCAUAUCGACAGUGCAGAAUGGCAGAUGCCAUCCCAGGAUGAGAAUGUGUGGAGGUCAUCCGGCGUCGAGCCUAGCAAUAUCGUCUACGUUGUUUUCACGAGUGGUUCGACUGGCAUCCCCAAAGGUGUUGUGAUCGAGCAUCGCUCCUUUGCCACCAGUGUCCUCUCCAUGGCCAGGGCCCGCCAGAUUAACACCACCACCAGAACCCUUCAGUUUUCAUCAUAUACAUUUGAUGUCACCUUCAUGGAACAUCUUGCAACGUUCGUCGCUGGAGGCUGCCUCUGUAUCCCCUCGUUGUCAACCCGGGAUAAUGAUCUGGCCCAAACAGCCAGAGAGUUUCAAGUCAACCUUAUGGCCAUUACCCCUUCGGUGGCGGCUCUUUUGAGGCCUCAGGAAAUUCCAACCCUUCGCGUUUUGGUCCUGGGAGGUGAGGCGAUGACGCCUGAACUGCUUGCAACAUGGGCCGAUUCGGUCAUGCUGAUCAAUGGCUAUGGACCUGCUGAAUGUUGCGUAGAAUUCUGUUCCAAUGACAAGAUAACCAAGAAGUCCAAUCCAAGGAACAUCGGUUCCUCCCACACCGGGUUUGCGUGGGUGGUUAAGCCUGAUAACCAUGACAAACUGGCGCCAAUACAUACUGUCGGUGAGCUUGUGAUCGAAAGCCCUACCAUUGCUCGUGGUUAUCUCCGGGAUGAAGCCAAAACAGCCGCUUCGUUCAUCUGGAACCCUCGCUGGAUUGAGCAUUUCCCAUCUUCCUCCCGGGCCCGUAGAUUCUACAAAACCGGUGAUCUGGUCAAGUAUGAGCCGGACGGUUCGCUUGUGUACGUGGGACGCAAGGAUACUCAAGUGAAACUUCGAGGUCAACGAGUGGAACUGGGGGAGGUCGAGUACCACUUGAGGUCUUCUUUCCCCGAGGCACAGAGGGUGAUGGCAGAGGUGAUUACGCCCCAGGACGAGACUCGCCCACCGGCCCUGAUGGCCUUUGUUGAGGUGCCUGGCAUUUGCAAUCCGGUGCAAUCGCCGUCUAUCUCGAUCUUCGCUGCUCCCAGCCAUGGAUUCCGCUCACUGGUGCAAAGGGCAGAACCUCAGCUUCGCGAAAAGCUUACCACUGCCAUGGUACCAUCUAUUUUUCUUCCUGUCCACAGCAUUCCCUUGAUGCCCUCUGGAAAAAUUGAUCGCAGGAACCUGCAAAACCACGCCUCCUUGCUCACAAGGAAAGAGAUCAUAUCUUACACGGCCGCGGAAAAGCAUCGACGCCCUCCAAGCACGGCAGCUGAGCAACUCAUAUGUUCUCUGUGCGCUCAGGUCCUCAAGGUGCCAGUAGAGGAGGUUGGAAUGGACGACAGCUUCUUUGAACUCGGAGGAGAUUCAAUCUCUGCGAUUCGUCUGGUGGGAGCUGCUCGCGAAGCCCAUCACCAGUUGCAAGUAACCGAUAUCUUCGCCGAGCCAGUCCUGGGCAAUCUGUACCACAGGCUUUCCAAACAACUUGGCUUCCAGAACAUUGUCGCCCCAUUUUCCAUCUUGGAACAGUCAGAGACCGCUUCCCUUCGCUCGUUGGCUGUAACGCAGUGUUCGGUAUCUCCCGACCAGAUCGAAGACAUCUAUCCGGCGACGGCCUUGCAAGAGGGUCUGAUGGCGCUCAGUGUCAAACAAAAGGGUGCAUACAUCACUCAGUUGCCUGUUCGUCUCCCGGAUAAUGUAGAUAUCACUCGGUUGCAAGGCGCCUGGCAAAGCACACUGGCAGCCAACGACAUUCUCCGUACUCGCCUUGUGCAAGCUGAGACAGGAAGAUUAUACCAAGUCGUUUUAAAUGUUGCAGUAGAUCGGCUCGAGGCCACCUCGUUGGAUGAGUAUCUCGCAGGUGAAGGUCAGCUGGAGGUCCGUCUUGGCCAACCGUUGGGACAUUUCGCUAUCGUCAGAGACAUCCAGCGCGGAUCCAUAUAUCUCGUGCUCACUCUGCACCAUGCUUUGUAUGAUGGAUGGUCAGUUCCUCUGCUAUUCCAGGAUCUGGAAGCUGCGUAUGAUGGACGGGCGCUCUCGCCGCGCCGAUUCUCUCCCUUCAUUGAAUAUCUCUCGCGAUCUGAGUCGAAGGCGAUCGCUGAUUUUUGGAUCGAAGAAUUCCAAGGUCUUUCCUGUUCCCAGUUCCCCUCGCUGCCGUCCGAUCACUACAUCCCAUCACCCACCGAGGAGGCUGAAUACACGACCCCCCUGGCGCAAUCCGCCUCGCAGUAUACCCUAUCAACAGUGCUCCGUCUCGCCUGGGCCACAGUAAUUUCCACUUAUACGGAUUCGGACGACGUGGUUUUUGGAAUUACUGUGGCAGGACGAAAUGCUCCAGUUGCGAAAAUUGAGGAAAUGACUGGUCCUACAAUUGCCACAAUCCCUCUGAGAUUCCAAAUCAACCCGGAGCAGAAGACGCAGGAGGCAUUGGAAACAAUACAGAUGAACGCAGCUCGUGUGAUUCCUUUCCAACAGACCGGGCUGCACAAUAUCCGAACAUUCAGUCCUGAUACGGCCCUAGCCUGUCAAUUCCAGAGUCUUCUCGUCGUACAGCCACCAAAUAGCGAGAAGCCUGAGCUGUCCGACCUCAUCUUAGAAGUCGUUGACAAGGAUUCCACCGCGGCAUUUGACUCAUAUGCCAUCAAUAUUGUGUGCGAACCGACCGACGAGGCCGUCACCUUCCAGGCUCGCUUUGAUGGCCAGGUCAUUGACCCUGCCAUCAUGCAGAUGAUUCUGUUCCAGUUUGGCCAUGUUACCAAUAGCAUCCUUCAACACUGCGAAUACAGUGGUGACUUGAGAGGAAUCAGUUCCUGGGGAAUGAACAAACUCCAGCAAUGGAAUGCCAAUCUGCCCGAGCCCUUCCGGGCUUGCGUACAGGAUCCCAUCUUAUCGCAUAGUCAGCGGUCCCCGGAUUCCCUCGCGGUAGACGCCUGGGAUGGCCAGCUGACCUUCCGAGAACUGGAUGAACUGUCUCUUCGCCUUGCUACGCAUCUCAUCGCGAAUGGUGUUUGUCGGGAGCAAUUCGUGCCCAUCCUGCUGGACAAGUCAAUGUUUACCCCGGUGGCGAUUCUCGGUGUGAUGCGGGCCGGUGGUGCGUUCGCCCUCAUGGAUACAUCUCAGCCAACGGCGCGCCUCCGGUAUCUAAGCCAUCAAAUGGACGCAACGCUUAUCGUGACCUCUGAGGCCUGCGCCAGAAUGGCCAAGGAACUGGUUUCCUCUACCGUUGUUCUGUCGCCACAGGCUAUCAAUACAUGGGAGACGUCCUUCCCGAAACUUUCGGUCUCUGAGCCUAACCAAGCGCUGUACUGUAUCUUCACCAGUGGGUCAACGGGCGAACCUAAAGGCGUGAUUAUCUCCCACUCCUCUUUCGCCACCACCAUGUUGGCCCUUGGGGAGAAGGCUCGACUGACUCCAGCAACCCGCUACUUCCAGUUUGCCUCCUAUGCAUUUGACGUGAGCGUGUCAGAUCAUCUGACCCCCUUAAUGCAUGGUGCAUGUAUCUGCAUUCCUUCCAAGGAGCAAGUGAAGAAUGCACUGGGGCCUACCAUCAAGCAAUUUCAACCGACAGCCUUUGACCUAACCCCAUCCCUGGCUCGGAUCAUCGACCCGGAUGAUGCGUCUUCGGCCAAGCUAAUCAUGCUUGGUGGUGAAGGGAUGGUGAAGGGUGACAUUGACAAGUGGCAUGGUCAUGUCCAAUUACUAAAUGGGUAUGGACCUGCCGAAUGUUCAAUUAAUUGUGUUACGCGAGCCACAGUUUCCAGAGACACUAACCCCAAUGAUAUUGGCUAUGGAACUGGGGCUGUUUGCUGGGUGACAGAUCCCACCGAUCACCGUCGGCUGCUGCCAAUCGGCGCCAUUGGUGAACUAGUUAUCGAGGGACCAGCCGUUGGCAAAAGAUACUUGAAAGAUCCCGAAAAGACGGCCGCUCAAUUUGUCACUAACAUUCCCUGGUUACAAGCCUUCCGUGGACAGGACGAAGUACGGGCUUACAAGACGGGCGAUCUAGUCCAACAACAGGCAGAUGGCUCCUUGAGAUACAUUGGUCGUAAAGACAUGCAAGUCAAGGUUCGAGGUCAACGAAUUGAACUGGGUGAAGUUGAGUACUACGUCCAGCGAUCAAUUGAAAUGGAUGGCCAGGACGCGACUGUCGCCGCUGAAGCUGUUCGUCUGUCCCACAACGGUAUACAGUCGAUGUUGGUUGCCUUCAUCGCCACUGGCAAUGACCAACCGACGGUAGAUACUGCACCCUUCGCUCUCCUUCCAUCUGUUAAGGAGUUCAGGACUCUUGCCCACAGGGUUGAGCAACGACUGAGAGACAUGGUCCCGACAUAUAUGAUCCCAUCUGUCUUCCUGCCCGUCAAUCAUAUUCCCCUUUCAAGGUCAGGCAAGAUCGACCGGAAAUCGCUUCAAGCCUCGAUCAAACUAUUGAGCCGUAGCGAGCUGGCCUCUUACAUUGCUACACGCGAACAGAAACGCAUGCCGGAGACAGAAACACAGCGAAACUUGCAAGCCAUCUGUGCAAAAGUUUUGAACAUUCCCCCAGAGGAGAUUGGGCUAGAUGACACUUUCCUCUCCCUUGGCGGCGAUUCGAUCAGCGCCAUGUCCUUCGUGGCCCGCUGCAGAGCCCAGAAGAUCGUUUUGACCGUCCAGCAGGUCUUCGAGCGGGCUUCCAUUAAGCAAUUGGCCUCGUUGGCCCGGUCCAGUGGUGUUGAUCUAGCUCAGGCCACCGAGACGGUCGAUGCGCCGUUCGGAUUGUCGCCCAUCCAGCGGCUGUUUUUCGAAACUACCCAUGAAGGUCUCAACCAAUACAACCAGAGCUUCUUCCUCCGGUUCCGGCGAGAGGUGUCUGUCCAGCGAGUCAAGUCUGCAGUCCAGGCAGUCGUUCAACGCCACUCAAUGCUGCGGGCCCGUUUCUCUCUUUGCAAUGACCAAUGGACCCAGAAGAUCACGGCGGACGCUGAAGGCUCCUAUCGAAUUACGGCACGACAGAUCCAUGGGUUCGCCGACGUUGAGAAAUGCGCCCUGGAUAGUCAGCAGUGUCUCGAUAUCAAAGCCGGGCCUUUGAUGGCAGUGGAUUUGUUUGAUGUCUCAAACCAUGGUCUGUACAUUUUCCUUGUCGCCCACCAUCUCGUAGUUGAUCUUGUUUCCUGGCGAAUCAUCCUAUCCGACCUCGAAGAGUUCAUCAAUGGAAAUUAUUUUUCCACUGCACCCGCCCCUCUGUCAUUCCAAACAUGGUACAAUCUCGAGGCUGAGUAUGCCCGCCACAACCUGCUACCACACGAGGUGCUGCCUGACGUGUCGACCAUUCAAGAUACCAGUGUGGAUUACAAUACCUACUGGGGCCUGACUGGCCACUCGAUCAUCACGGCCGAUAUGAGCACGAUGGAGUUUCUACUUGACAAGACUAGCAGUGAGAUUCUUCUGGGUAGUGCGAACCACGCCUUCCAGACAUACCCAGUCGAGCUCUUCCAGGCCGCGCUGGUCUUCUCAUUUAUGGAAGCAUUUCCCGACCGAAACCCUCCUGUCAUCCACAGUGAGGGCCACGGACGAGAGACAUGGGACAGUUCCAUUGACCUUUCUCAGACAGUGGGAUGGUUUACGACAAUAUGGCCAACUCCAGUUACCGUGACCAGGGGACAUUCUCUCGUCGAGGUGGUCCAGCGAACCAAGGAUGCUCGUCGACAGAUGCACAAGAAUGGUUGGGCAUACUUCACCUCGCAAUACCUCCAUCCGGAAGGCCCAUCUGUCUUCCCCUCUACCUCCCCCGUUGAGGUCGUCUUCAAUUACCAUGGAUCUUACCAGCAACUAGAGGACCACGCUGCCCUGCUUCAACCUGUCCCGCAUCAGAAAUAUGACCACUUCGACAUGGCCGCGGAGACACACCAAAUUCAACUAUUUGAUGUCUCCAUGAAAGUUCAGGAUGGUGAGCUGGUGGUUAGAUUCACGUACAACCGUCAGAUGCCGCUUGACCGAGUUGCCCAAUGGUCGUCUGCAUUCAAGGCCAGUCUGCAGGAGGCUAGCCGAGUCUUACCCUCCCUUUCACCCCGACUGACUCCAUCAGAUGUCCCCCUGUUGUCGACUGGGUAUCAAAAUCUCCAACAGUUGAUCGACAGCGUGAACGCGGCCCGCGGUCCUGGUACAGAUGGCCAGAUUGAAACUGCAUAUCCUUGCUUGGCCAUCCAGCAGGGCAUCCUUCUCAGUCAGGCUCGAGAUCCGAAUUCUUAUGUCACCAGAUCUACUUGGGAUGUCCGACCUCGCGAUCCCUCCGAACCCAUGGAUGUCAAUCGCUUGCUCCAUGGUUGGGACUGUGUGGUCGAGCGCAACCCAGCUCUGCGUACCAUCUUUGUGGAUGGCGCUGCUGCUGGAUCGUGGCUGCAGAUAGUCCUUCGCAAAGCCGCUGGCAAGGUAUCUGUCUUUGACACGCCUGAAGCAAGUCGUCAGGCGGCCAGGCCCCCUAUAAACAACGCCUAUCCAUGGGAGCUCACAGUGACCAUAACGUCUCCCACAGCGACGAUCUGUGAGUUAGUGCUCAACCACGCCCUUGCUGAUGCGACAUCCACCGAAGUCAUCACCCAACAGCUCAUUGGUGCGUAUGAUGAUCAGCCUAUGGGUGUUCCUAGUCUAGCUAUGCGGGAAUACGUUGCCUACGUCCAGAGCCUACCCCCCAAGGCUGGGAUUGAUUUCUGGAAGGAGUACUUGACCGGCGUUGAACCAUGUCUUCUUCAGACUACUGAGGCAUCAGGGCCAACCAAAGGAGUGCCCUAUACAAUCGACAGGGCCUUGGACCGACGGAGUCAAUACCAAACCUUUUGCGACCAGCAUGGCGUUACUCUGUUCAACCUGGCUCAGGUGGCGUGGGGCUUGGUUCUGCGAUACUACACUGGAUCAGACAGCGUGUGCUUUGGCUAUCUGGCUUCCAGUCGCAGCACCCCAGUCGCUGAUAUGGAGUCGGCCGUGGGUCCAUUCAUCAACAUGUUCCUCUCAAGGAUGGAACUAACAGCAGAGAGCUCAAUUGUGAGCAACCUUGAAUCCAACCGGUCCGACUUUCUUAGGUGCCUGGAACAUCAGCACACAUCGUUAGCAGAGAUCUAUCAUUCCCUCGGCCUGUCUGGAGGCACCUUGUUCAACACGGGCAUUUCCUUCUUGCCGGAGCCGGAGAACUCACCGUCUACCUCCCGACUGGUCAUGACCCCCAUUGAUGGGGAGGAUCCGACAGAGUAUGACGUGACGGUCAAUAUCUCUACAUCUGGGGACCAGCUUACAUAUUCUUUGCACUACAAUUCGGAUUCCGUCGGUGCGAGCCAGGCUGAGAACCUCGUCAAUACCUUUGAGAAGGCACUCGAUGGCCUUGUCACCCCGGCAUCCUCGACCAUAUCGGACAUCAGCCUUUUGAGCGACGAGCAUCUGGAGCGCCUGUAUCAGUGGAAUCAUACCAUCCCCCCAGCCGAAUCCUACUUCGUCCAUGAGGUCAUAGAGCGAAACUUCCAAUCAUCUCCAUCGGCCCCUGCCAUCUGCGCAUGGGAUGGUGAGCUUUCUUAUGCUGAACUCAACGAGCUAUCAUCCCACUUGGGAAACGUUCUGGUAGAAAAUGGUGUUGGUCCCAACCAGAUUGUCCCGGUCCAUUUCGAAAAAACCAAGUGGACAACCGUCGCGAUUGUGGCAAUCCUGCGUGCCGGUGGAGCGUUCGUUCUGUUAGACGCUUCGCAUCCUUUGGCCCAUCUUCAAGCCAUUUGUCAGGAUGUUGGCGCUCGUCUUGUGGUGAGCUCUGCCACCCAGGCUGCUACCUCACGCCUGCUCGAAAACACCGUCAUUGUCGGAGAAGAGGAAUCCCUCAGUUGGCCGGCCAAGGCCAUGCUCUCAAGAGCAGAAAAAGCCACUCCGUCUAAUCUCGCCUACGUGAUAUUCACUUCUGGAACCACUGGCAAGCCCAAGGGGGUAAUGGUCGAGCAUGCGGCCUACUGUACCAGUGCCAAGGCAAUGUCAACAGCGCUGUCACUCAAUAGUAGUUCCCGUGUCUUUCAAUUUGCAUCUUAUGCAUUUGAUGCCAGUAUUGCAGAGACUCUUGCAUGUUUGAUGGCAGGAGCUUGUUUGUGUGUUCCAUCCGACUCCCAAAGAUCCGACAGUCUAAAUGAAACCAUUCAGCAAUAUCAGGUGACUUUCAUGACGAUUACCCCCUCGCUUAGCCGCCUCAUCGAGCCCAGUCAGGUUCCAUCCGUCAAUACAGUCACAUUGGUUGGUGAAGCUAUGACUGCAACCGAUGUGGCCACCUGGUCUAGCUAUGCCUCUGUUUGCAACGGCUAUGGUCCAGCUGAAUGCGCCGUGAGUGCUUCCUUCAAUCCCAGCGUGGCCAACACCGGGCCGUUGAAUAUCGGAUUUCGAGGUGGAUCAGUGGGCUGGGUGGUUGACCCAAACAACCAUGACUGCUUGAUGCCCAUCGGCGCCGUGGGUGAACUGCUAAUUGAAGGACCAAUCCUCGCUCGCGGCUACCUGAAUGAUCCCAUAAAAACGGCAGUGAGCUUUAUUGAAGACCCUCAGUGGCUACGGCAGUUCCGAACUGGGGGCAAGGGGAGACUAUACAAAACAGGUGAUUUGGUUGUGUAUGAGCCAGAUGGCUCCAUGCGCUUUAUCGGGCGCAAAGAUGGUCAGAUCAAGCUGCGAGGCCAGCGUAUUGAACUGGGUCAUGUUGAGCAUCACGUUCUUCAAUGCUUUGAUGAUACCGAAGAUGUAGCGAUUUCCCUGGUCACCUUGACAGAAGGCAAUAGACAGCCCUUUCUGGUCGCCUUCAUCAAACAAACUGGCGGCAAUACGAUACCAAGCCACAGCGGGCUUUUCUAUCCGCCGAGUCAGGCCUUUGCAACCCAAGUCUUAACCGCCCAGGAAAGGCUCCAUAAAUCACUACCAGCCCAUAUGCAUCCCAGUGCAUUUCUACCAGUCUCUCAUAUCCCACUCUCCCGAUCCGGCAAGAGGGACCACCGACGACUAUCCCACCACGCCUCCCAGCUGUCGCGUAAACAGCUCGAGUCUUACGCCACAGCUGGGGUUAAGAGCAAGCGAUCUCCAGAAACUGAAAUAGAGCGCCAUGUGCAGCGUCUCUGGGCCGAUGUCUUGAAUCUCGACGUUCAAGAUAUCGGAACUAGUGACAGUUUUUUCCACCUUGGGGGAGAUUCUAUCACCGCCAUGCGGUUCGUCGCCCAGUGUCGUGCUCAGCAGCUUUUCGUGACGAUUCAGGACGUGAUGCGAUUCAAGUCCAUCGUUGAACUGGCUCCACGCAUUCGUGUGGGGACUGUGCCGCAACAAUUCUCAAGAGAGGCUCAGGGCCGCCUUUUCAUCUUGUCUCCCGUCCAACAGGUCUUUUUCGAUCGUCUUCCCCACGGUCAAAACCACUUGAAUCAGAGUUUCUUCGUUAGAAUUGCUCGUCCGCUCCCUCCUGGCCGAUUGGCCCAAGCGGUCGAAGCAGUGGUCAGAAAGCACUCGAUGCUUCGUGCUCGAUUCAGAAAGACCGGACAAGGAUGGAGGCAGAUGAUCAGUUCGAACGUUACCCAGUCCUACCGCUACCGAUCAUGCCCACUGUCUCAUGAGAUGGAUCUAGCUCAGUGUACAAGCAAUAGCCAAAAAAGCAUCAACAUUACCGAUGGACCAGUCCUCGCAGUGGACCAUAUAACAAUUGGCGCUGGUGAAUAUCUCUUCCUCGUGGCCCAUCACAUGGUGGUGGACCUUGUGUCAUGGCGCAUCAUCUUCGGUGACCUUGAAACCCUCUUAGCUGGUAGCACCGUCCCUUCCAAUGAUUAUUUAUCCUUCCAAACCUGGUGCCAUUUGCAGGCUGACUACGUCAAAUCCCAUGUCCCACCGAACACCACGCUGCCCUCGCUUCCCGACCUGCAUCGGCUGGAUGAAGCGGUCCAUGACUUCUGGGGCCUCAGCGGUAAAUCGAACAUGUUUGAAGAUGUGUGCUCCAGAAGAUUCAAUUUGGAUACCACCCUGACUGAAGCUUUAUUGGGACCAGCUAAUGGCAGCUUGCAAACCAAGCCGGUUGAGUUGUUCCAUGUGGCCCUGUUGUAUUCCUUUGUCCAAACCUUUCCGGAGCGAGUCCCGCCCAUUAUCUGGAAUGAAGGACAUGGCCGAGAAGCAUGGGAUACCUCACUUGAUCUGUCACAGACUGUGGGCUGGUUCACCACCCUGUGGCCAUCCGCUAUUAUGGUCAACCCCCAGCAUAGCCUGAUGGAUGUGAUUCGGCUGGUCAAAGAUGCUCGGCGCCAAAUUCGCAGCAAUGGCUGGGCCUACUUUGCUUCGCGAUACCUCCAUCCCGAUGGACCCAAGAUGCUGCAAACCAAACAGCCCGUGGAGGUGACAAUGAAUUAUCAGGGGCGGUAUCAACAGCUCGAGCGGGCAGACGCCACCCUGCAAGGGGCAUUAAGUCAAUAUCUCGCCGAUGAUGUCCCUUCUUCAUUGCCUCGGGGAGAGGUGUUCGCAGUCGACAUCUCUGUCUCUUUCAGUUCCAUCCAGGUCGAACUCACCUACAAUAAGCAUGCUCUGCACCAGGAUCGCAUUCAGCAAUGGAUCACCAAUUGCAACCACGCCCUGGUCAAACUGGCCGACCAGCUCCCCCAGGCCAGUCGUCUCUAUACGUUAACCGAUUUUCCACUCAUGCAAAUGAGUUAUUCAGAGCUGGAAGAAUUCACAACGGAAAUUCUGCCCAGAGCCAACGUUUGUCUAUCGGAAGUUGAAAGCGCCUAUCCUUGUUCGCCCAUUCAGCGCGGCAUGAUGUUCGGCCAAGUCAAGAACCCACUAUACUAUGCCGUCCUUCAAGCAUGGGAGGUAUCCAGCACGCAUCCGUCCAAGCCAGUCGACCCUCUGCGCCUUCGUGAUGCCUGGCUUCAGGUCGUUACCCGACAUCCUGUAUUGCGCACGGUCUUUGUCGAAAGCCCCUGCAGUGGUCGACUGUCCGACCAGGUGGUCCUCAAGUCCAGCCCCGGCACCAUCACGGUCGUUGACCCUCAAGACUCCGACUGUACGUCAACGACACCUAGAGGCGAUCGAAUGCGAUCCCCAUGGAGCAUUAAAAUGACACCCUCCGCAACCGGGAAGGUCCUCUGUGAGUUUACCAUCACCCACACACUCAUGGACGGUGAAUCCAGUGGACCACUUAUGCGUGAUCUCCUACUGGCCUACGACGGCCGUCCGUUCCAGUCGCCUGCCCUGGCUUACAGCGACUACAUGGCUUAUCUGCAAUCGAUCGACCACAAGUCAAUCUCCACCUACUGGGGAGAUUAUCUUCAUGGCAUCGAGCCUUGUCUUUUCCCAGCCAUCGCCCAACCAAGAGAGGAAAGGAGCCUCCAUAGAAUCGAAAAGACCCUUGGCAUUGGUGCCCGAGAAGUCAGGAAGUUCUGUGAAUCGCGCGACUUGACGCUCCUCACGCUAUUCCAGGUAGCUUGGGCAUUGGUUCUUCGAUGUUACGUGAGUAGCGAGAAUAUUUGCUUCGGCUAUCUCACUUCCGGGCGCGACAUCCCUCUGCCUGGCAUUGAAACCGCUGUUGGGCCAUUCAUCAACAUGCUGGUAUGCCGGUUGCAGGUGGAACGCUCCAUGUCCAUUGCCAGUCUUCUCAAAACCAACCAGGAGAAGUCCAUGGACAAUCUGGCCCAUCAACACUGCUCCCUGGUGGACAUUCAGCACGAACUGAACGUGCCUGGUCGUUCACUGUUCAAUACCAUGUUUUCCCUGCAAAUCACAUCCUCUACUUCAUUUGGGGCAGAAGAGAAGCAGUCUGUAUCGAUCCAACAUAUUGAGUCCGAGGACCCAACCGAAUAUGAUGUCGCGCUCAAUGUGGCCGUAGGAUCAGAAGAAGUCGGGGUUGGAAUCAGUUAUUACGACUCGACUCUCUCCUCCUAUCAAGCCAACGUGGUCUGCGACACUGUCAUCCAAGCCGUAAAAAACAUCAUUGAGAAUCCGGACCAGACAGUGGAUGAAGCUGACUUGCUCAGUGAAGAGUGCAUUACUCUCAUUAAGCAGUGGAAUUCCGAGACUCUUCAUGCGGAAACCAGCUGUCUCCACGACCUCGUCCUCGAAAAAUGCCAGAAGACCCCCAGCGCUGAAGCCGUGUGUGCUUGGGAUGGCAGUCUCACAUACGGGGAAUUGAACGAUCUCUCUGCCGCCCUCUCUGCUAAACUGGGGCAGCUGGGUGUUGGUCCUGAACGCUUCGUACCGCUGCUCAUGGAAAAGUCUAUGUGGGUUGCCGUUGGUAUUCUCUCCAUCCUGCGCGCUGGGGGAGCCUUUAUUCUUUUGGAUGAAUCUCAUCCCACCGAACGCCUACGCGACAUUUCCGAUCAGGCACAGGCCCAAGUGAUCCUGGCAUCCCCUGCUACACUCGCCAAGGCAUCUGAAUUAGCUCCACAGGUUGUGGUCCUUUCCGGCAGUGAAGUCGAGUCCUGGACGGCUGAGCCACCAAGCCUGAUCUCUGCGCCAACUGCCCAACCACACCAUGCUGCCUUUGUGGUAUUCACGUCCGGUUCCACUGGCAAGCCCAAAGGUAUCGUGAUGGACCACUCGGCCAGUGCAGCCUGCUUUCUCAGCUUCGGUCCCAGGAGCAGGCGCGAUUCUUCCUCGCGCCACUUGCAGUUCUCCUCUCAUGCGUUUGAUAUCAGUGUGGCCGACUACCUGAUUACCUUCCUUACGGGCGGUUGUGUCUGCGUUCCCUCCGAGGCACAGAGGGCCAACAUCCCUGAGGCCGUGGCCCAGGGGCGUGUCAACCAUAUGACAACUACUCCGACGGUCGCCCAACUAUUGCAUCCAUCUCAGGUCCCUACUGUCCUAGUCAUGGACCUGAUCGGCGAAGCGAUGACCCUGGAGAAUAUUUUUACCUGGGCUCAGUCCGUCAAUCUCAUCAAUAGCUACGGUCCCGCGGAAUGCACAAUCGCGACGAUGCGCGAAGGGGUUGUGGACGAUCCAUUAAACAUCGGCAUCCCUAAUAACUGUCUCUGUUGGGUGGUCGCUCGUGAUAACCAUCACAAGUUGGCCCCAGUUGGCGCUGUCGGCGAACUCUUGCUCCAGGGCCCUACCCUGUCACGCGGAUACCUGCGCAAUGAGAGGGCAACCCGUGAGGCCUUUAUCGAAUCUCCGAGCUGGUUGCAUCGCAUGCGGUCAGAUGCCUGCGAUUUGGGCCAAAUGUACAAGACCGGGGAUCUGGUGCAAUACUUGCCUGAUGGCUCCCUCAAGUACUUUGGACGCAAGGGCAGCCAGGUGAAGCUCCAUGGCCAACGUAUCGAGCUAGCCGAGGUCGAGCAUCAUGUCCACCCCCAUUUCCCCGAUGCCCACAAUGUCGUGGCCGAUGUGCUGGUGUCGCCCUCUACGAAACAUCCCGUGCUCAUUGCUUUUAUUGCCCAAAGCGCCCCGGUCGAUGGUGAGACCUCGACCAUCUCAUUCCUGCAGCGCAGCCAGGAAUUCCUGCAAGCCGCUCAAAACACCAAAUCCAAACUCAUGGAAAUCGUGCCUCGAUUCAUGGUUCCGGGCUUCUUUAUUCCCCUUGAAUCUAUCCCACUCUCCAAGGCCGGUAAGACGCAUCGACGCCUGCUUCGCGAAGCAGCAUCGCGAUUGUCGUGGAAUGAGAUGUAUUCUCAACUGCCCGAUUCGGCCGCCAAGCCCCUUCCUACGACCAGGAUGGAGAGAAAGCUCCUUGAUGUUUGCUCACACACUCUUGGAGUUGACUCGGCAAGUAUCGGGAUGGAGGACGAUUUCUUCCAAUUAGGGGGUGACUCUCUGAACGCCAUGAAGCUGGUCUCUCGCCUGCGUGCUGAAGACCUCUCACUGACGGUGGCCACUGUCUUCCAUGCUCCAGUCUUGAGGAACCUAGCUGAAUUUAUCAAAUCUAGCACGGAUACUGACCAAAAGACCAACUUAGAGAGUCAGUCAUCUGUCUGGCUGGACAAGAAUAGCAUCCUUCAGGACAUCCAGUGGCCGCAAAGAGCCUUCCAGCCCCAGGAGAUCGCAGUCAUCCUUCCAACAAACAGCCGCACAGCUGUGUCCACCACUCAGGCAUUCAAAUACGUCUUCAUGGAGAUUGUCGCGCCGCUGAAUGAGAAUCACCUUCGUUCAGCCUGCCAGACUCUGGUCGAGAAACACGCCAUCCUUCGAACCCUAUUUGUCGAGUACAAAGAGGAAAUCCUGCAGAUCAUUCUUCAUAAAUGGCCAGCUCUAAUCGCGGACUCUCAUACUGAUAGCCGAAAUAUCAUGGACGCGGCCCAAGAGUGGUCCCGUCAAGACUCCUUGAACCAACAGCUCCUUGGUCUCCCGCCCACUGCGUUUGCCCUGAUACGCAACACUCCCGAACGCUUUGCUGUAGUAAUUCGCGUCUCUCAUGCCCAAUACGAUGGAUUGUCCAUCGGGAAGUUUUCGGGGGAUCUGCUGGAUCUUUAUCAGUCCAGGCCCAUCUCGGUCCCAGCCGACUUUGCCACAUACCUCCAGCAUGUCCAUGACCAGCAGACCCCGAGCGCAUUUAGCUUCUGGAGGGUUCUCCUCGAAAACUCCAUGAUGACCCCAGUGAUGGCGUCACCAGCGCCAUCUGACCAGCUGGCAUCGGUUGAGUGCUCUCAGGAAGUCCCCCUCGCUCGUCCUCCGGCCGGCAUCACCAUGGCCACCGUGAUCAAGGCCGCUUGGGCCAGGGUGCAAUCAAGCUUCUUCCAUCGGGACGACAUCGUGUUCGGGCAAUUCGUAAGUGGCCGUAACACGGUGGAUGCUGAGCUUGAGCAGGUCGUUGGAAACUGCACAAAUGUGAUACCCGUCCGAGUCAAGAUCCCCCGUGACCGCCGCAUUCGGGAUCUUCUCCACGCUAUCCAGGCCCAGCACGGGCAAACCAUGGCAUUUGAUACUACACCAUUUAAGGCGAUCGUUGCCAAAAGCACGUCUUGGUCGGACGGGUUGGACUUUGGCUCUGUGGUCCACCACAAGUCUCAGGAAUUGGCCGACAAAAUGCUGUUCCUGGAACACAGCUGGGUGUCUCGAAUUGGCAUGUGGGCCCCUGACGAAAACCCUCCCAACCACCUGUUCCUCCAGACCACGGAGAGAGAAUCCAAUCUUCUAUUCGAGCUGGUGACCAGGAGUGACCUUGCCACUGAAGCUCACCUUGAAAUGCUCUUGUCAGAAACCUGCCGACUGGUGGUAGCCUACCUUGACAAUCCUGACAUGACGGUGGAUGAGAUCAAAUCGAAAUUGCCUUGAUCAGGAGGUCGUACUACUGGAGGAUGAAGAAGUUGCUACACUCCGCAAGGCCAUCAAAUCGGUCCAGAUAGGUUCUCAGAAUGAAAGACCGUUAAUCUGUUUUCUCUGCAUUGGAAACCCUGCUUUGGCCAUGACAGAGUGAACUCGGAAGUACAAGACACCUGGAUGUGACGGCUCAACGCCGCAUCAACGCUGAUAUAGAAAAACCACGGCAACAUGCCAAACAGGACCAACCAGGCAAUGAAGACAAACAGAGCAUUAGCAAGGCCACGCAAACACCUAUAAGACCCCUUCUUCCUCUAGAUAGAUUUCCUUUUCUUCUCCAGAUUUGAUAUUCUCAUUGAUGGCUACACUAGUUUAGAUAGGAAUAUCGUUUCAUUAGUAUCUACUAUCCUGAGCCUGUGACAUAAUAUUGAAUCUCAUUCUUCCUUUUUC